ACCAUUGUAAAUACAACUUGCAUUUAUGUUUAUUUAUUUUCCCUUUCGUACUUUAACUAUUUGCACAUCAUUACAUCACUGUAUGUAUACGUAAUAUUUGGAACUUUUUGAAGUGCAAUGUUUACUGUACACUUUGUUUCGUUUUUCCCACUUUUGUUUAUCUAUUUCACUUGCUUUGGCAUUGUAAACAUAUGUUUUCUAUGCCAAUAAAGCCCUCGAACUGAAUUGGAGAGAGAGAGACUGAGUGACUGAGUUUUAGGUGAGAAUCUGAAGUUAGUAACAGGAAAUUAGAUAUAAGCAUCGAGAGAGGGUGACCAAGUUAAAAGGAAGUGUAUAUGUCUGAUGCUAGUCAAAGAUGGAUCUAACAAUAGAUAAUACCCAACAUAUGUCCUCUGUCAAUCUAUCUGUUCACAGGCUCAAUGGAACCAGCAAUCAUCCACACUGGUAUGAUUUCUACAGUGCCUUCAGAAAGUAUUGAUACCCCUCGACUUAUUACACAUUUUGUCUUACAGGCUGAAUUGAAAAUUGCUCACAUUGAUUUGUUUUCUCACCCAUCUACACACAAUACCCCAUAAUGACAAAGUAAACAUGCUUGAAAAUAUGGAGAGUGGUAAUCAGAAAUGUGUUGUAUUGGAUUUGCCCCAAACACUUUAUAUUCAGGACAAAAAGUCAACUGCUUUGUCACAUUUUUUUGCAUUAUUACUUUAGUGCCCUGUAUUCUGUACAGGCUUCCUUUUUUUCACUCGGUCAAUUUGGUUACUAUCGUUGAGUAACUACAAUGUUGAUCCAUGCUCAGUUUUCUCCUAUCACAGCCAUUCAAUUCGAACUGUUUUAAAGCCACCGUUGGUCUCAUGGUGAAAUCCCUGCGGUGUAAUUAAUAACUUUACCGUGCUCAAAGGGAUAAUUCAAUGUUUUUAUUUUUACCCAUCUACCAAUAGCUGCCCUUCUUUACGAGCCACUGGAAAACCUCCUUGGUCUUUGUGGUUGAAUUGGUUCGAAAUUCACUGUUUGACUGAGGGACCUUACAGAUGUGUAACGAGUGAGCUGAGAGUCGGGAAGCAAGUUCAGGGAGUGUGUUUUAAUCAAGGAGGUGAUGGCCUCCAGGUGUGUGUCAUAUUGCGCAAUUACACGUAACAAUGGUGACAGGUGUGCGCCAUGAUGAGCAGACAGGUGACCUAGAGACCGGAGAGGGAGCACACGCGACAUUAUGUGUGGGGUACAUUCAUAGUCAUUCACAAAUCAUGUUAAACACUUAUUGCACACAGAGUGAGUCCAUGCAAUGUAUUAUGUGACUUGUUUUCAGUAAAUAUUUACUCCUGAACUUAUUUAGGCUUGCCAUAACAAAGGGGUUGAAUACUUAUUGACUCAAGAUAUUUCAGCUUUUCAUUUUUAAUUAAUUUGACAUUAUGGAGUAUUUUGUGCAGACCAGUGACAAAAUAAUCCUGCCAUCAAUAGUUUUUGAGCUAUGAUACUUUUGAUGCUGAUAUUUCUGUGUGAUCUUACAAAUCUAUGAAACGUGAGAAUAGUUUUUUGUGUGUUGUUGUUUGUCCAUAAAAAUACAGAGUUCCCCAUGUGGAAGUUAUCUACAUGCAGUGUGAUAUUGUACUGGAUGCAUUGUUUACUGUACAUUUGCUAACUUUAAUCCUCAAUAUUAUUAAAUGAAUGAUAAUUCCAAAGAAACCUAUCCUGGGUGUUUUCUCCAGACCCCUUAAUAAGUGGAGAAAUGUAUUUGAACUCUACUUGGUUUCGUUUGUGGCGCCAUGUCAGAUAAAAAUGUGAUGCGAGAACUCAGACAAGCAUAAGCACGCAUGCACACACACACACCUUUUGCUCAUCUACCUCCCUACUCUAUCCCCUCCCUCCAACUACAUCCACCUCUUCUCCACUCUCUCAAAUCCUCCUCCUCCCUUCCUCUCUCUCCUCUUCCAGACAGUGUUGGCUAUACCAUGAUUUUGUUGUCAAACCCUGGCUCUACCUGGCCCUGUCACUCCUGCGUUUCCUAGCCAACAGCCUGACCCUGCAUGAACUCUGGAGGUCGGUGUGGACCCCCACCAUCAUCCUGACCCUCAACAUGGUGACCUCUGACCUCUUGCUGUGCACCAGCUUCCUGUUCCCGGGUGGUAUACUACCGGAGGGGUCACAUCUGGUCUGGAGGGGACAAGGUGUGUCAGGCCGCCAUGCUAACCAUGAUAACAGUCUUCUACGUCAACCUCUACUGUAACAUAAUGCUGCUUCUCUGGACCAGUGUGACGCGCUACGCCACCGUGGUGCGGCCUCGCCCUGCCCUCCUUACUCCCCUCACCAGGUCCAGAGGAUGCUGGGUACUCUGCCUCAUCACCUGGGUAACUGUGGCAACGGUGGUGAGUGCCAGUGUGGUACUUCAGAUCGAAAGAAGAAGAGGAGGAGACAGCUGCUUUGACAUGUUGGAGAAUCACCACACAGAAGAGUUCAACAACCAACACUGCCUGAGGGUGGUGCUGUUUUUCAUGAUUCUCACCUUUGUUCUGGUCGGCUUUGGGGGACUAGUGUUGCAUCUACAGAGUGUCAGGGGGGCCAGGAACAAACACACCAGUGAAGGAGGGGUGACGGAGGUGGUUGAGUUGCGGGGUGGAAGAGGGGUGUGUGGUGUGUUUAGGGGAGAGGGAGGGCAGGGGGUGAAGGGUGGUAGCCUGAGGGUACGAAGGAAGAUCCUGGCAGCGGUUGUGGUGUUUGUGUCGUGUUUCCUUCCCUACCAUGUCCAGCGUGCAGUGACCCUGCUCUCACCACACGGGGGCGACUGUGAGAAGGGGAAAACAUGAUGGAGUGUGACAAACGCAACCAUAGCAGCGCUGAGCUGUGUUGUACUGAUCUACCAAUAAAUACAUUUUCAACA